AUGAGGAGGAGGAGGAGUUGCUAUCUGCACCUGAAUGCCCUGGCACACAUCACCGUGUUUUUCUUCAUCACAGCAUGUUCAGGAGGUGAGUUGUCCGAAACUGAGUCUUUCUUCACUUUCAUGAGAGCCAUUGAUCCCCAAAAUGUGCUGAGAGUCAGCUGGAAUGGGAUAGUGCCACAUCCUUGCUCGUAUAGGUGGCGGGGAGUCAAGUGCAAUUUUCAGCCUCCUGCUAUAACACAAAUCAGGCUUGACAGGCAGAACUUUGCUGGGACAAUUGAUGCAGACUCCCUUUGUAGGCUCCAACACCUGCAAGUCCUGAGCUUAGCAAAGAAUCACAUCCAAGGAUAUAUUCCUCACUCCAUAUUGAAUUGCAGAAGCCUGACCUAUUUAAAUCUAAGCAGUAAUUUUUUGACUGGGAGGGUGCCUGUGCCUCUAUUCAAGUUGAAAUAUCUCCGGACCUUGGAUAUCUCUAACAAUUAUUUAACUGUAAUUAUUCCUCGUCCCGAACUGGAAUUCAAGCAUCUAAAUAAUUAUUCUAUGAAACAGAGUGCAGUGGAGAUGUACAAUAUUCAAAAAUUGGCAAUAGUGGCAGACUCCGUAUCCCUAAAUAGCACUGACGCUGCUUCCGUCGAACAUCCUGCAGACCCAUCUAAUGGAAGCAAGCCUGGUUCUGGCAAAAAGAAAUGGUACAGCAAAGCCAUAUACAUCGUACCAUUAGCUUUUGGCAUUGUAUUUCUCACUGUAUUAGCUUAUUUUGUGAAUAAGAAGUUCUCUGAUUCGGCCAAAGAGAGGGAGAUUCUGAAAUCUCUGGCACAUUCUCCUCAGAAAACUCCUCCACCUGUGCCUCAAGAAGACUUGAAGCCUAAAGAAAGAUGCUCAGAGCUCGUUUUCUUUGUUCAAGAGGAAGAAAGAUUCGGAUUGGAUGACCUCUUUGAAGCUACCGCUGACUUACAAAGCCAGACCCCUAGCAGCAGUCUGUACAAGGUGAAGCUUGGUAAUAUCGUAUACGCCGUCAAAAGAUUGAAGAAAUUGCAGAUAUCAUUUGAGGAGUUUGGCCAAACAAUGAGGCAGAUUGGGAAUUUGAAGCACCCAAACAUUCUACCCCUUGUUGGUUACAAUUCCACUGAUGAGGAAAAACUUCUAAUAUACAAGUAUCAAAGCAGUGGAAGCCUGCUAAACCUGCUAGAGGACUACAUUGAAGGCAAGAGGGAGUUCCCAUGGAAACAUCGGCUGUCAAUAGCAAUUGGCAUUGCAAGGGGUUUGGACUUCAUAUAUAGGAAUCCUAUUGAGCAUGAGAUCAAACCUCAUGGGAACAUUAAGCCUUCAAAUAUCCUGCUGGAUGAAAAUCAAGAACCACUAAUCAGUGAGUACGGAUUUUCAACAUUUUUGGACCCCAAGAGAGUUUGGUCCUUUUCCUCCAAUGGUUAUACAGCCCCUGAGAAAAUCUUGUCGGAACAAGGCGAUGUUUUCAGUUUUGGAAUAAUUAUGCUUGAGUUACUAACAGGAAAAACUGUGGAGAAGAGUGGGAUAGACCUUCCUAAAUGGGUCAGAUCCAUAGUAAGGGAGGAAUGGACAGGAGAAGUUUUCGACAAGGAGUUCAAUCAAGCUGCGAGGCAAUAUGCAUUCCCUUUGCUCAAUAUCUCUCUCAAAUGUGUAUCAAAAUCACCGGAACAGCGGCCAUCUAUGGAAGAACUGAUGGAGAAGAUAGAGGAAAUAGUGAAUGCAAAUGAGGAAUUCACUAUUUCUUCUAUGGGUUCAAUAAUAUCCAGUCCACCAGAGUGGUGCAUACUUCACUCUGUCAUACCUGAGACUUGGGAUACUCCUGGCUCAAAUUAUUGA